AUGGCUGCUCCGGUUCAUUCUCAAGAGCUUCAUUCUUUUCUCCUGCCACACAAACACCGACCUGGAACAGAUCUUAUGUCUAAACAUGUCUUACUGGAUCCUACUGUCAUGGGCAUAGUGAUCGAUACAGUAGUCAGUCCUGAAGCAAAAAAACAAUACUCACCUUGGCCAACCGAAUGGGUAGAUGGAAAUAGAUCAGACGUCUUGUAUAUUCCCAACACCCACAAUGACGAGCUCCAUCCCAUUAUCGUUGAAGUACAACACACGGUGAAUAACGAUUUUAUCCUCAGGCUCAUGUCGUAUGCGAUCUCAGCUUAUCGAGAACAUAACAAGCGGCCUCUAAUCGUAAUAACUUUUGCUGUCUCAUCCAUCAAAUAUGAAGUCACUAAGAAAACAAUACGCAACAAAAGGCACCCGUUUCUGCUACAAUAUCCUAGUCAACCUUGGGCUCAUAGGUGCUACCUUAUAGAUAAUCAUUCGAUAUAA